UCUCUACUCCGCACGCGCAGUAGCCGAUCCUCCGGCCGGUCUCGUUAUAUAGGCGCCUUGAUCAGCUGAUGCUCCCGCAUUGCAGACGGUGCAGCUCGAGAAGCAAGGAGAGGUCGGGAUGCAGCGCUUCGGGUUCCUCGUCGUCCUCCUCGGCUUCUUAGCAGCGGCUUUGGCAAGUCCCCUCCUACUGCAGAAGGAUUGCACAAAAGGUCCUGAAGUAUGGUGUCAGAACUUGCAGACUGCGUCCAACUGCAAAGCGGUUAAACAUUGUCGGCAAACUGUUUGGAACAAACCUACUGUGAAAAGCAUCCCUUGUGACUUGUGUAAAGGUGUUGCUGUGGCUGCAAAAGUCUUAAAGGACAAUGCCACUGAGGAAGAAAUAUAUGCCUAUAUGACUAAGGCAUGUGAGUUUCUUCCUGACCAAGAUUUGGUAACUCAGUGCAAGGACAUGGUGGAUGCUUACUUGCCAAACAUUCUGGAUAUGAUCAAAGAAGAGCUUGAUAACCCAGAAGUUGUAUGCAGUGCACUCACAUUGUGCCAGUCUCUUCAGAAGCACUUGGCAGAUAUGAAAUUGCAGAAGCAAUUUCAAUGUAACAGGAUUCCUGAACUGGACUUCUCUGAAGUGGCUUCUCCCUUCCUGGCUAAUGUGCCACUUCUUCUUUAUCCCCAGGACAAGCCUAAGCAAGAAUCUCAGGGAAAUGGGGAUGUGUGUAAAGACUGUGUUCAGCUACUAACUGACUUGCAGGAGAUGGUGAGAAGUAAUACAACAUGUGUGACUUCUUUAAUCAAUCAUGCCAUGGAAGAAUGUGAACGUUUGUUCCCUGACUUUGCUGAUAUGUGCAAGUCCUACAUCUCCCAGUAUUCAGAUAUGGCUAUCCAGAUGUUGAUGCAUAUGCAGGACCAGCCACCACAGACUAUUUGUGAGACGAUUGGAUUCUGUUCCUCUCGGAGAUCUGUGCCUCUUCAAACUCUGGUGCCUGCUAAAGUUAUUUCUGAAGUAAAGGUAGAACCAGUUGAGAAUAACCUGAGUCAAAGAGAAUCUUUCUCUCUGUGUGAUGCAUGUACAAUGAUGGUAGAAGAGGUGGCCAGUCUUCUAGAAAGCAAUAAGUCAGAGGAAGAAAUGGUAUUUGCAAUGGAGAAAGUCUGUUCUGUGCUACCUGAACAAUUCCGGGACCAGUGUAAAGACUUUGUGGAUAUCUAUGGGAAGGCUAUUAUUGACAUGCUGUUAGAAGCCACUGAUCCAAAAAGUGUCUGCGUGAUGCUGAAAUGCUGUACAAAUAAGGCAUUGCCUGCAGAAAAAAUUGUUUCAGUGCAGUCAGAAGUUGGGAAUUUUUGUGAUGUGUGCAAGUUGAUUGUUGCUUACGCGGACAAAGAACUGUCAAAGAAUGCUACUACUACUGAAAUCCAGACUUUUCUUGAAGGAGUCUGCCAGCUCUUGCCACGUUCCGUUAGUGAUCAGUGUAUUCAGUUUGUGGAUCAGUAUGAGCCAAUAGUUGUACAGCUCUUGACAGAAGUGAUGGACCCCACUUUUGUGUGUAGUAAAAUUGGAGUUUGUGUAAAAUCCACACCGUCUCUUUUGGGGUCAGAAUUAUGUGUCCGUGGCCCCGGCUACUGGUGUAAGAACAUGGAAACUGCAUCUCAGUGCAAUGCCGUUGAUCACUGCAGACGUCAUGUGUGGAACUAGAAGAAAUAUCAACCUUGGCUGACACUUCUUCAUUCUUGAAGAAACAAGAAGUGAGGGCUAGGCUAGCAAGAGCUAAAUCCUUCAUGUACUGGUUUUUCCACUCCCAGUUUCAUCAUCAUCCCCAAGCUCAAGUUUCUUUUUAUGAAUUGUUUGGCAUUAGUUCUGCUACCCUUGAAGGAUCCGUUGUUGACCUAACGAAAUUUCUGACUCUAGUUUUAAUUCCUUAUAAUUCAUCAGAAUAUGUGAUAAAUCAGCAACACUGGACAAUUGGUCUGAAUGUCUCUAAAGAGGAAUGCUAUAUAGGCUAUUAGCAAAUUUAAAGAUGCUACUCCUAUAUUUAGACUUUAAAUAUAGUGACUAAUUUUAAACACACUCUUGCUGGUGAUAUAACUUCCUCUUAAUGUGCAUCAGUGUGAACAUUCUUCAUUAAAAGUGCUGUUGAAAUAAUGCCAUUGUGAAUAGUUAAUUGGUUAAAAAAAACCUUAAAUUGUUACAGGUAAUUUGUUUUGAAUUAUAAAUUCAACAUAAAAAUGCAUAAACACAGAGGAAUAUCUUCUCUUCCACAUGAGUUUUUUGAAGAAGCAACAUGAAUGUGCCCAGAGUGUUUGCAUAACUACAGGUCUACAGGUCUCGUAGCCAUCAUAGAAUUUGCUAGUGUAUAUGGUCAGAAUUACCAUCUCCCUGACCUAACUAGCAGAUGCCCAUGUAACAGCUGUUUGAAUCAAGGCCUGCCUUGGAGGCACUACUAGUAAGCAAGGUUUAGAGGUAGGUUUAAGAUUUGUGCAGCCCAUUCUUUUAAGACUGACUAGAUUGCCAUGGUUAAAA